AUGACCGCGCCGGGCAAUUGGAAACCGAACAAUUCCAGCAGCAUCGCUAACGGCACGCCCUUGCGUAUCAUGUCGCUCGGCGCCUCUCUAGUUCGAGGUGAAUUCUCGACUGGCGAUGUCGGCUUUCGCAAGACGAUGCGCGACGAAUUGGUCGAUCUUGGUGUCCCUGUCAAUAUGGUCGGCUCUCAACGCUUCGGCGAAAUGCUUGAUAACGAUCUCGAGGCGUAUGGUGGCAACCGCAUCAGCCAGAUUCACGAGCAUGCCACGCAUAUAGUACCCCAGCUACAGCCCAACUUGUUUCUCAUCCAAGUGGGAACAAAUAACGUUCUACAAAAUCGGGAUGUUGAUAAGGCCGGCACGCAUAUGGAAGAUUUUAUCAACUACCUAUUGAAGGCAUCAACGCGGGCUACCGUCAUAUUCAGCACCUGCUUGACCAACACAGUUCCCGAUUGCGAGCCCAAGAUCCUUGAUGUCAACAAGCAGUACCGAGAUGUCAUCAAGAAGUUUGGUUCGAAGCCCGUUUUGCUGGCCGAGAUGCAUCCCAGCGAAGGCUUCCCUAACCGACCUCAGGCUAUAGACAUUGGACCGGACGGCACGCACCCGACGGACUAUGGAUAUGACCUGAUGGGACGCAUCUUCACGGAGAGUAUCCAGGAGGCAGAUAGAAAAGGUUAUCUCCGAUGGCCGGUCGAAAACGGGCUCGAAAAAGACGGAGACGUAGGACGAGCCGAAGAGACUACGACGACCCCAGAACUCCCACCCCCGACUUCUACGAGUAGCGAAACUAGUCUAGAACGUACGGCAACGGCUAUAGGGGCCCAUCGUUAA